AUGGUCGCAUCACCUGUUCCAGAGAAUCCGGAGGCACACUCUGAACCACUUCUUGUCACACCCGCACACCCAACUGUGGAUAUCGAACAAGGCCAUGCAACUGGUAUGCGCCACAGGCAAAGCCGGAACAGUAGGAUCAGGAGGCAUGGGUCAGGAAGUCCUGCCAUGCAGGCCCUGGAACGCUUGGGACGGACGAUGACAAAUGCACAUAAAAAGGAUUACGAAAGAAAACGUGGCUCAGAGGACGAUGCUGACGGCAGCAGUAGUGAUGAGGAAGAAGAAGGGGAGGAGGAAGAGGGAGGGUUGGAAUCCGCUGAUUUUUAUCAGCGAACGGCAGAGGGAGAAGCAGGUGAGCUGACGUUAACAAAAACAGUAACUGAAGCUGGGCGAUGA